AUUAAAAAGAAAAAUGUCAAAAUUUCAACACGCAUCGCAAACGUCACCUCUGUCCAUGAUUUUUGAUAAUGUUAAUUUUAAUGGUUUAAAUUAAAUAAAUCCUGGACAAUGACUGAAGAUCAAGAUGUUAAAGACUCACAAUCGGGCUCGGACAGCAAAACAUUUGCAAACAAAAGCAAAGACAAGAAAGCAAAGGCUCAUCGGCCGCUCACUAAAAUAAUAUUGCGACGGCUACCGCCUACUAUGACUGAAGAAGCGUUUUUGGAACAAGUGUCGCCUAUACCAGAACACGAUCACUUCUACUUUGCCAAGCCUGACCCUUCACUUGGCAAUAACGUUUACUCCAGAGCAUAUAUAAAUUUUGUGAAUGUUGAGGACAUAUAUCUGUUUAGAGAUAAAUUUGAUGGUUACGUAUUUUUAGACGAGAAAGGCUUGGAGUAUGUGGGAAUUGUAGAAUAUGCACCCUUUCAAAGAAUCCCAAAAAAGAAGAAAAAGAAGGAUCCAAAAUGUGGAACUAUUGAGAGUGAUCCAAUAUACCAGGAAUUUACUGAAAACCUGAGUAAAGAUCAAGAUACUGAAAAUCAACCAAAACUGGAAUAUUCAUACCCUGUCAACGAUGCAAAUGACAAAAAAGUCCAGUCAACACCUUUACUGGACUAUCUUGCUGCACGUAAACUCGAUAAGAGAGGUAGAGAUGAACGCAGAAGGAGAGAAAAUGACAAACGUAAAAUGAGAAUUGAAAGAAAAUGUAAAGAUAUGCCAAUAAAGGAGGAUGAAUAUGGUGAAAGUGAUGUAAAGAAAAUAAAACCAAGAGAUGGAGAAAAAGAUAAAUUGAGUAAUGAGAGAGAUGAUGACGGUAAAAGUGAAAACAAAUUGAGUGCAGUUUUUGAAUCCAAAACCUACAGAGAACAUAGAAAAAUUGGCGCCAGCACUUUGAUUGAUAAAAAGAAAAAGAUAGAUGGUGACAAAAAAGACGGCUCAAACAAAAACGAAGAUCCAGAUGAUGACAAAUUUGCUAAAAAAGAAAAGCGUGACAAAUUCAAGGAAUCUCCACGUGAACAAAAAAGCAAGAAAUACAGUGAUACCAGAAAGGAAAGACUAAAACAAGUGGAGUUGGGAAAAUCAGACAAACAGUCAGCAAUCAAUAAAAUGAUGUCAACUGAAGGCAAAUCUAAAUCAUCAAAUUAUGAUGACAUCAAGCCAUUCACUCAAUUGCCUCAAGUGAAGACUGAUGAUUUGACAAAGAUUAUUGAGGAUUUAGACCGUAAGGUUAAACUAGAUGAUGAUUUUAAAUCUCGCAAGGAAUAUCUUCAUGAAAAGUUAGAAUUAAUUUCUAAACUAGAUGAUGGGGACAUUGCUAAAAUGAGAAGAAACAGUCUAGAUUCUGGUGACAUGCCUCGGGAAGAGAUCACAUUAAAAAGGCAGAACUCCCUGGAUGACCGCAGCAAGUCUACUGAUAGAGAGGGAUCAGAGGAAACAGAAAAGAAUGAGAGUAUUGACCGUCGCACUGAAAGGAGAAUAAGGAACAAGGAUCGUCCGAGCCUAGUUAUUUAUCAGCCAGGCAUGGGCAAGUUCAGUAAACAACGCCUGGCAAAAGAAAAAGACGUGCCGCCAACAAGCAAAACUAUAAACGAAAGCGAAAAGAAAGACACUUGAGACAAAGGCCACGAAACCCGAUACUUGGACAUCAUUCAACGGAACCACCCUGACGCUGGCAACAAAACGGGCCCUUGCAGAUGUAGACGAGGACUCUUGAAUGUGCCAACUGAGGGGCCCACUGUGUGACCUUUACUCAGACCUGUUGUUUUUUAUUGUUAAUCUAUGCUCAAAUGAAUGCAACUUCAUUAAAAUCAGUGUAACAGCAUCAAGUGCUAUUUAUUUCCGCUUUGUGACCGAUUUAGUUCAGUUUUGUUUUAUUUCUUUUUUUUAAUAUAAUUCAUUUUAAAUGGGA